AUGAUGAUCGCUUUCGGUCCUCCAUUGGCAGUUUUCUUGUUCAUCGUAGUUUCUGAUUCACUUCGCAUUAUUCUCUUCGUUGGAGGAGCAUUCUUUUGGCUGCUGUCUGUGCUGGUCACGUCUUUGCUGUGGUACGUUAUCAAGCCGUUGCAGAAUUCCAUAGUAUCUUUGAUUCUGUUGAUUGUUUUCGAAGAAUUGUUCCGGUUUGUUUAUUAUUUUGUGAUCAGGAAGGCAGAGAGUGGCAUUGAAAAGAUAACAACAUCUGGUCAUUCUGUUGCAGUUCAAGUUCACUCCCUGAAACACUCCAGACAUGCAGUGGCUUUAGUUUGCGGCCUUGGUUUCGGAGUUAUGUGCGGUGCAGUUCUCCUAAUCAACGUUCUUGCCGACAGUUGGGGCCCUGGGACCGUUGGACUUCCUGCAUCAAUGGAUCUGAUUCACAACACGGGAACAUAUCUACUCUUUCUGACAUCUGUCGUAGUGUCUAAAACAGGUAUUUUGGCUUAUCCACAGUUUUAUGCUCGCCUAAUCAUUUGUGAUCAUUUACGAGUAUUUGAGGUGCCUAAAAUCAUGCUAAUUUGCUACCUCUGGUGUAGAGCGUAG